CUCUACAGACACUCCUUCGGGGUGGGGACGAUCCUCUGCCUCAGCUACGGCCUCGUCUUCAUCCUGGGCCUCAUCGGAAACUGCUUCGUCAUCGCCGUCGUCUUCAGGACUCCACGCAUGCGCACCGUCACUAACUUCUUCAUCGCUAACUUAGCCGUGGCAGACGUCCUGGUGAUCGUGUUCUGUCUGCCGGCGACGCUCAUCUCCAACAUCUAUUACCCCUGGAUGCUCGGCUGGGUCAUGUGCAAGUUCGUGGCUUAUGUCCAAGGGGUUUCUGUGUCCGCUUCCGUCAACUCCCUGGUCGCCGUUUCCUUGGACAGGUUCUUGGCCAUCUGGUUCCCCCUGAGGCUGCAGAUCACCACCCCGCGUGCCCGGGCCAUCAUCGUGCUCAUCUGGAUCAUGGCCGUGUGCUCCGCCGUGCCCUACCUCGUCUACUUCGAGACCAAAGUCGUUUACGAGGACUUGCCUGAACUGCGGGUCUGCGUGGAGGACUGGCCCAACCGUCAAGCCGAGCGUCUCUACUUUCUCAUUGCUCACCUGCUGUUCUGCUACCUGCUGCCGCUGUCUCUCAUCAUCCUAUUCUACGUCCUGAUUUGGUUCAAGGUGGCCAACCGCAACAUCCCCGGCGACACCCGCGAUGCUGCCAUUCACGAGAUGCAACAGAGGAGUAAGGUCAAGGUUAUAAAGAUGCUGGUGGUCGUCGUCAUCAUCUUCAUGCUGUCGUGGUUGCCGCUGUACACCAUCUUCGCCAGAAUAAAGCUGGGCGACGAGCUGGGCGAGGACGAGGGCGCGGUGCUGGCCAUCAUCGCGCCCAUCUCGCAGUGGCUCGGCUCGUCCAACUCGUGCAUCAACCCCAUCCUGUACGCCUUCUUCAACAAGAAGUACCGCAACGGCUUCCUGGCCAUCAUGAAGAGCCGGUCCUGCUGCGGCACCCUGCGCUACGACACGUACUCCCAGUCCACCAUGCGCAGGUCCUGCUACCCGGCCUACCGCUCCACCAUCCGGCCCGAGGCUGGGGGCGCCAUGGAGCUGGCCAGGAACACCCACCGUGCGAGCGCAGGCUUCGUGUACACGCUGGACGGGCGCCCGAACCCCCCGCGCUCGCGCUACCAGGCGGGCGGGCGGCAGCGCACCCUGGCCAACGGGUUCUCGACGGCCCUCAGCCUCGCCGACAGCCUCACCACCACCGAGACCUCCAUCGUGCAGCCCAGCUCGCGCUCCUCCUCCGUCGUGGGCAGCGCCGACGCGGCAGACUCCGAGGACAAGAAGAGCACCUUCACCAACGGCAAGCUGGACGGCGUCGAUUAG